CCAUGGGUGAAGAGCUUUGAGGAAACCAAACUGCGGUGUGUGCGAUCCCCGCCCUUCUCUUCUCCGGAGGGUGUUCCUAGAGGGAGGGGGCGGGCCUAGCGGCCCGGCUCUCAGAAAGGAUCCCGGUGAUGCUGCUGCUGUGGGUGUCGGUGGUCGCAACCUCGGCGCUGGCAGCACCAGCUCCUGGGGCAGGUGGGCAGAGGCGGGGAGCUUGGCCAGAUGCGCCUAACGUGGUGCUAGUCGUGAGCGAUUCCUUCGAUGGAAGACUAACAUUUUAUCCAGGAAGUCAGGUAGUGAAACUCCCUUUUAUCAACUUCAUGAAAGCACAUGGCACAUCCUUUCUGAAUGCCUAUACAAACUCUCCAAUUUGUUGCCCAUCACGCGCAGCAAUGUGGAGUGGCCUUUUCACUCACUUAACAGAAUCCUGGAAUAACUUUAAGGGCCUAGAUCCAAAUUAUACAACAUGGAUGGAUGUCAUGGAGAAGUAUGGCUACCGAACACAAAAAUUUGGAAAACUGGACUAUACCUCAGGACAUCACUCCAUCAGCAAUCGUGUAGAAGCCUGGACAAGAGAUGUUGCUUUCUUACUCAGACAAGAAGGCAGGCCUAUGGUUAACCUUAUCCCUAAAAAGACGAAAGUAAGAGUAAUGCAAAGGGACUGGAAGAAUACAGACAGAGCGGUCAACUGGUUAAGAAAGGAAGGAAUUAAUUACACUCAACCGUUUGUUCUAUACUUGGGAUUAAAUUUACCACACCCGUAUCCUUCACCAUCUUCAGGAGAAAAUUUUGGAUCUUCCACAUUUCACACAUCUCUUUAUUGGCUUAAAAAGGUGUCUUAUGAUGCCAUCAAAAUCCCAAAGUGGUCACCUCUGUCAGAAAUGCACCCUAUAGAUUAUUACUCUUCUUAUACAAAAAACUGCACUGGGAAAUUUACAGAAAAAGAAAUUAAGAAUAUUAGAGCAUUUUAUUAUGCUAUGUGUGCUGAGACAGAUGCUAUGCUUGGUGAAGUUAUUUUGGCCCUUCGUCAGUUAGAUCUUCUUCGGAAAACUAUUGUCAUAUAUGCCUCAGACCACGGAGAGCUGGCCAUGGAACAUCGUCAGUUUUAUAAAAUGAGUAUGUACGAAGCUAGUGCCCAUGUGCCACUCUUGAUAAUGGGACCGGGAAUUAAGGCCAACCUGCAAGUGUCCAAUGUGGUUUCUCUUGUGGAUAUCUACCCUACUAUGCUUGAUAUUGCUGGAAUUCCUCUGCCUCAGAACCUGAGUGGAUACUCUCUGUUGCCACUGUCAUCAGAAAUGUUUAAGAAGGAACAAAAAUUCAAAAACCUACAUCCGCCCUGGAUUCUGAGUCAAUUCCACGGAUGUAAUGUGAACGCUUCUACCUACAUGCUUCGAACUAACCAAUGGAAGUAUAUAGCCUACUCUGAUGGUGCUUCAGUAUUGCCUCAACUCUUUGAUCUUUCCUCAGAUCCAGAUGAACUAACAAAUAUUGCUACAAAAUUUCCUGAAGUUACAUAUUCUUUGGAUCAGAAGCUUCGUUCAAUUAUAAACUACCCUAAGGUUUCUGCUUCUGUUCACCAAUACAAUAAAGAGGAGUUUAUCAAGUGGAAACAAAGUAUAGGGGAAAACUAUUCAAAUGUCAUAGCAAACCUUAGGUGGCAUCAGGACUGGCUGAAAGAACCGAGGAAGUAUGAAAGUGCCAUCGAUCUGUGGCUUAAAGCCCACUCUGAUCCAAAAAAAUUUGAACAAAAAUAAGAAAAUCAUGUUCUAGAGCUAUAUAAAAAUAUGUUAAAAGAUCAUGAUUAAUUAUGCAUUUUAAAUGAAGUUAAUAAUUACUGACUUUUAGAUACUUUUAAAGAAUGCACUCUAUUUUAAAAUAAAAUAUCUAUCAGUAUAGAAUUAUAUAUUUUCAAAAUGAUUAUCAAGACCUCAUUCUUACCAACUUCUAACAAAUUAAUGGAAGUAUUAAAAAGGAUGGAAACAAAUACCAUGUAUAAAGCUCUGUUCCUCUGAAAUUACAGAAUAUAGAAUAUUAUAACAAUUAUUAUUACUAUGAACCAUAAAAUAGGUAUUGUGAGUCCUU